GAGAACAGUUGUUAUUAUGGAUCGUCUGUGGACCUUGUUCCAGAUACGCCGCCGGGGCUCUUACAGCCCCGCCGAGCUGGAGACGCCCAACAUGAACGGGGCUAAAGAGAACAAAAAGGGGAAGAAAACGUGGAAGAAUAUCUUCCAGAAGCACCGUAAGCCUAAAGCAGGAAAGGAGGCUUUGGAGGGCCAAGGGCCCCAGCAGCCAGAAGGGGAUGAGGGUCUGGAGCUACGUCUGAUAUACAUCCCCCUGGAUAGGCCCAGUGAUAUCAGCCUGGAUAAAUUCUGGGAUGAUGAUCAUUCUUCUGGAGACAAGAAAAAGGGAAAGAAAAAGUGGAGGAAUAUCUUCAAGAAGAACCACAAGCCCAAAGCAGGAAAGCUGCCGAAGAAGGCUUUGGAGGGCCAAGUGCCCCAACAGCCAGAAGGGGAUGAGGGUCUGGAGCCAAGCUCCAGCCUGGAUGAGACCAGGGGCAACACUUACAUGGUCAUGCCUAGCAAAGUGCUUGACUCUGAGUCCGAUUCUCCAGCAAACAUCAGCCUGGAUAAGCCCAGGGACAUCAGCCUGAAUGAACCCGGGGAUGAUGAUCUUUCUCCUGUACACAAGGAAAAGGAAAAGAAAAAGUGGAGGAAUAUCUUUAAGAGGAACCGCAAGCCCAAAGCAGGAAAGCUGCCGAAGGAGGCUUUGGAUGGCCAAGUGCCCCAGCAUGAUGAGACCAGGGGCUAUGCUGAGAUGCUCCUGCCUGUGGAGGAGCUCGAAGUUGAGCCUGAAGCCCCGGUUAACACCAGCCUGGAUGAGACCAGGGGUGAAGCGGAGAUGCUCUUGACUGUCAGAGAGCUCGAAGCUAAGCCUGAAGACCUGGUUAAAAUCAACCUGGAUGAGACCAGGGGUGAAGCGGAGAUGCUCCUGCCAGUCAGAGAGCUCGAAGCUGAGCCUGAAGACCUGGUUAAAACCAACCUGGAUGAGACCAGGGGUGAAGCGGAGAUGCUCCUGCCAGUCAGAGAGCUCGAAGCUGAGCCUGAAGACCUGGUUAAAACCAACCUGGAUGAGACCAGGGGUGAUGCUGAGAUGCUCCUGCCAGUCAGAGAGCUCGAGGCUGAGGCUGAAGCCCUAAAGACCCUGGAGAAGACCAGCCUGCUUGAGUCUGAGAAGAGUGGAGACACUGAAGCUGAUUUACUCAGCAAAGAUAAUGAUGGUCGUAUCACCGGAGAAAACGGCAAGAGAAAAAAGACCAGGAGAGGAACCCGGGGACGCGGCCGGAAGAUAAAUUACAAAAAGAAGGAGAAUAACGGAUCUGAAAUGAUAAACAAGGUGAACGUGGAAGCAAAAGCUGAGAUCGAGAUGAAGAAUGUCCACCCUGAACAGAAGGUCUCCACCACUGUGCUGAAACAUGACCAACCUCUGGAUGAGGACAGAAUGCAGCUGAUUGGUCGAGGUGACCCAGAGGACAGCAUGCGAGAGGAGAAGAUCACACAAGGCAUUCAAGAUCGCGGCCGCAAAAUCAAAAGAACAGAAUCAGGUGCUUUUUACAGUAAACAAGAAAAAGCUCCACGUCGACCUCAAAAAGAUCAAUGUGUGCACUAAUAAAACUAAUAAAGCACAACAGUA